UCAUCAAAUCAAUUAGUAGAAAAAGGCAAAGCUUUGAAGAUUCCGUCUUUGCUUUCACCAAACUCAUACACAGGCUCUCUCUCUCUCUCUCUCUCUCUCAGUUCAACCAUUAUUGCUAUCAUAAACAACUACCCAUCUUACACAAUUCAAAUUCCAUGUUUUGUUGGUGUACCUAACAAAACAAACCCAGACAACACGAGAGAGAGAGAGAGAGAGAGAGAGAGAAGAGAAGCAAAAAAGAAGGGAAAUGGCGAGCUCAGUAGCAUUGGAAGAUUUGCCAUCGGUGGACAUCAUGACUGAACUCCUACGCCGCAUGAAGUGCUCUUCCAAGCCUGACAAACGCCUCAUUCUCGUUGGUCCACCUGGAUCUGGAAAAGGAACACAGUCGCCCAUCAUUAAGGAUGAGUAUUGUUUGUGCCACUUGGCCACUGGUGAUAUGCUGAGAGCUGCUGUUGCUGCUAAAACUCCACUUGGCAUUAAGGCUAAGGAAGCCAUGAGUAAGGGAGAACUUGUUUCUGAUGACUUGGUUGUUGGGAUUAUCGAUGAAGCAAUGAAGAAGCCCUCGUGUCAAAAAGGUUUCAUUCUUGAUGGUUUUCCAAGGACAGUUGUCCAAGCAGAAAAGCUUGACGAAAUGCUUCAGAAGCAAGGAGCAAAAAUUGAUAAAGUGCUCAACUUUGCGAUUGAUGAUGCCAUCUUGGAGGAGAGAAUUACUGGCCGUUGGAUCCAUCCUUCUAGUGGUCGGAGCUACCACAUGAAAUUUGCACCUCCCAAAGUGCCUGGUGUUGAUGAUGUUACUGGAGAGCCCUUGAUUCAGCGAAAAGAUGAUACUGCAGAAGUUCUGAAGUCGAGGCUGGAGGCAUUUCACCGGCAAACUGAACCGGUUAUCGAUUAUUAUGCCAAGAAGGGUGCAGUUGCGCAGCUUCAUGCUGAGAAACCCCCAAAAGAGGUCACUGCUGAGGUUCAGAAGGUUCUAUCAUGAUAAAAGGGAGGUGGGAUGAGCCUCUCUUUCAAUUCAAUCACCUUUCUUGUUUUUUUUUCCCAAAAACCAGUAUGGAUUUUGCUCUUAUGUAAUCCGAUACAUUGUCGGGUCGGCUGAUCCAUCGAUUCCCCUCUUCUCUCGUUUGCAUUUUUAAAAGCGAGCUCUGGCCGGUGGAGUGCCUGAGGUACUAUUUACAUUAUUGUUCUGGAAUAAUAAUGAUGACCCAGUGAUGUUGGGAAUUUUUCAUCGUAAAUCUCUGAAAUGAUUUUUCUGGAUGCUCUU